UUCAUGAGUUGAGCCAGCCAGUCGCACAGGUAUCUUUUCACAAGACAACAAAUAACAAUCGAAUAAACAAUCGAUAAUCGGUCCCGAUGCAGGUGCAUCCGAUUCAGUUUAAAUCAUCAUCGGCCAGCUCUGAUGUUUUCUGAACGUGUUGUGCCGUUGUGGUGCUCGGUUUCGCGAAAUUUGAACCAGUCCGAAGGCGUAGUGCACGUUUUUACUGCUACUUCCUCCUGCGGUGGCUCUUUCGAAAUUUAGUGGUGUCUAUUGUUGUGUUUUGUGACUUUGAGGUGAUUGGAAACCGAACAAUAUUUUAGAUUACCGUCCUGUUCGCAAUAGAGUUACUAGAAAAUACAAGAAGAAAACUGACUUUUUCUGAACUUACCCGAUCUACAAAAAAUACAGUUUUUGCUUGUACUGCAAAGUUUUUCAGUGCAGUGCCGGUGAUAUGGGCCCCUCUAUAAUGGGGCCCAAUAGUAUACUGCCGUGUGUAUUAGUCUGGUUUCUGUCGUUUGGAGUUUUGGGCCGACAGGAACAAGAAUCACAACAGGCAGGCAGCAAAUAUAGAGGUUUAUACACGAAUGAUAUUGAAGAAGCACAUGAAACCAUACCCUUCAAGGUAGAUCACAAUGGUCAGCAUCUAACGUACAACAUAACACACCACCACACUAAUCCUGGAGAUGUGUUAAGAUUAAACAUUACCAGUUUUAUUUCUGAACAUCAUCUGAUAUUGAAACCUUCAAAACAUUUUUUGGCUCCUAACAUAAUCGUCGAGCGCAGAGGAAAAAGCAGGCACACUAGAUCAGUACCAAGUGAUCACAAAGCCGAUUGUCACUAUCAAGGAUAUGUCCAUGGGGAGAGAGAUAGUAGAGUAGCAAUAUCAACAUGUAAUGGAUUGGCUGGCUUUAUUCACACUAAAUCUGGAAAGUUCUACAUAGAGCCAGCAUACCAUCCUGAAAAAAAUAUAUCACCUGGCCACAAGCAUCUCAUUUUUAAGAGAUCGGUGAUAGUCAACAGCAUAACCGGUAUCAGCAUGAAAAGAAAACGAAAAAAGAAAAAAAGACACCAUCAGUCGAAUUGUGGCACCAGAGAACCAAAACGAUAUACCGAGCUGGAGUGGCAAAAACAAUUGGGAAAAAUAAAGGUCCAAGAAAAGAAGCACAAACACCAAAAGAAUCAAAACAAAGUGAAAAUAAAUAAUAUGCAACAUUCACAAAUAAAGAAACUGAAAUACAAACACAUCAAGACGAUGAGAGGAAAAAGAUCGGUCAGUCAACCCCAAUUUGUCGAAACUCUUCUGGUAGCAGAUGGAAGCAUGGUGAAUUUUCAUCACGAUGGAGAUAUAGAAACGUAUAUUUUGACUUUGAUGAACAUGGUGUCUUCUUUUUACCAAGAUCCCACCAUUGGUAACUACAUAAAAGUAGUUGUGGUAAAAAUAAUUCUUCUUGAAGAAUCUACGGACGAGCCCGAAUUUGAGGCAUCAACUAAUGCAGAUAAUACUUUGAAGAACUUUUGUAAAUGGCAGAAGGAUAUCAAUCCAGGGGAUGAUGGUCAUCCUCAUCAUCAUGAUGUUGCCAUACUGAUAACACGGAAAGAUAUUUGUGCUAGACAAGAUAACCCUUGUGGUACUUUAGGAGUAGCUCAUAUAGGAGGAAUGUGCAAAGCCUCAAAGAGUUGCAGUGUGAACGAAGAUAAUGGUAUAACGUCAGCUCAUACAAUUGCUCAUGAGAUGGGUCACAAUUUUGGUAUGCUACACGACACAGAGAAGAUAGGAUGCAAAAGAAAAGCGGGCAACAGGCUUCACAUAAUGACACCUUCCUUCGAAGCAGACGCUGUUAGUGUGAGUUGGUCAAAUUGUAGUAGAAGAGAAGUCACGAAUUUCUUAGACAAAGGCUUGGGAAAAUGUCUACAUGACAAACCAGUCGACAUAGAAGAAUAUCAAUACCCAGAAUUGCCAGCCGGAGCUAUGUACAAUGCCGAGUAUCAAUGUCGGCUUCAGUUUGGUGCACCCGAUGCCACAGUUUGUUCCCCAUUGGAUGAGAUCUGCUCUAGACUUUGGUGUAGUGUUAAUGAUACGUGUACGACACUUCUACGACCUGCCGCACCUGGUACUAACUGUGGAAAGCAUAAGUGGUGCCAGGAUCAGAAAUGCGUGCCCAUAAUGGACCCCCCUGUCGCCAUCGACGGAGGCUGGGGCGAAUGGAGCAGUUGGUCCGAGUGUUCCAGAACAUGUGGAUCGGGAGUUUCCAUCAUGAGCAGAGAAUGCGAUCACCCCACUCCAACUGCUGGAGGAAAAUUUUGCGUUGGGGAACGAAAAAGGUACAGAAUAUGUAAUAGUGAUCCUUGUCCUGAAGGCGAACCAACCUAUAGGGCGUUACAAUGUUCGUGGAAUAAUAACAAAACGUACGAAGGCAAGAAGUAUGAGUGGCAACCAUAUUUUGACCAAUCCGACCCCUGCCAAUUGUACUGUAGCGACGCCAAUGAAACUCUGAUUGUACCGUGGGGAGAUUAUGCAGCUGAUGGUACACCUUGCAACGUAGUUUUUAGAGAUGUGUGCAUUUCAGGAAUCUGCAAGAAAGUAGGGUGUGACUGGGUGGUUGACUCCACAGCUAAGGAAGACGAGUGCGGCAUCUGUCAAGGAGACGGCACCAAGUGUGACAUCACCAGAGGGGAAUAUAAAAAGCAGAGUGGAGUACCUAGAUCAAGGGAAAUAGUCGUAAUACCACGAGGAGCGCGAAAUAUCCUGGUGGAGGAAAACGGCCAAUCUGAAAAUUACAUCGAGCUAUCAAGUGCAGUGGAGAAAAAGUUCUACUUAAAUGGUAACAGACACAUUACACUCCCUGGUGAAUAUAAUGUAGCCGGAGCUCAGGCGUUGUACGAGAGGGAUCACAGUCUAGAGAAAAUUCGGAUUCCCGGACCAAUUCACGAGUCUAUUGUAGUUUCGAUAAUCUUUAGAGGCAAAGUAUACAAUCCCGGUGUAACAUGGAAGUAUUCCAUGUGGAAACCUGAAGUUGUAAAACAAGUCAACUAUAGCUGGAUCAUGGAAGAAUGGUCCCAGUGUUCGUCUACAUGUGGAGGAGGUGUUCAAUUUAGAAAGCCUCUCUGCCAGGAAAGAACAAUAUCUCCAGUUGCUUCCGAUCUAGAAAGUCCCAAUAUAGUAGCGGAAGAACUGUGUGAUUAUCUUCCAAAACCAAAGGAGAAAACUAGGAUAUGUAAUGCUGAUCCAUGUCCAUACAAAUGGUGGAUUGGUCCAUGGCAGUCUUGCCCAAUAACUUGCCAUAAUGGAGGAAGGAUGCCUAUGAGACGAAGAAACGUAAUGUGCAUUGAUGGCCAAGAGAUGGCGCUUCCUGACCACUACUGCGAUAGUGGCGCAAAACCGCACGAAUACGAACCCUGCAAGAAAAUACAUUCUUGCAAAAUCUUUGAAGAAUAACCAUAGAUAUUUAUUUAGAAUAAAUAUAUCGAAUAUUUGAGAUUAUCUAAUACUCUAAUAAAAUAAUUAUAUAUAUUUUAACAUUAGUUUUAGUUAAUAUAAACUAACUUAAUAAAUGUAUGAGAUUAGUAAGAUAUAUUUCAGUGUGAUAAAUUAAUUUUAGUUUAUUUUUUAAUUUAUUUUUUAGUAAUUAACUCGAUAUUAUUUUAAUACAUAAAUAAAUUUACACAGCUAAUUUUCGUACUAAAUAAUACCCUAAUACUUAAUAACGUACUAACUACAUUUACAAUUAAUUAAUUGUUAGAGAAGACUGAUUGAUGAAUAUUUAUUAAUAUAGUUUUAACACGGAAGUAAUUGUAUGAUAUUUUAACAAAAUAAUAAACUCACUUUUGGC